AUGAUGUUAAAUAAUCUUUUAAAAUCAUCUACGAAUCAACUUGUUAAAUGUUCAAGAUUAAUCAAUACUACUACUACAACAACAGUUGUUAGUAGAUCAUAUUCCUCAGCAAUAACAUCAUCAUUCCUCUUUUCAAAUAGUAAUAAUCAACAAUUCAGUAUUGACAAUAGAACAUUCAUUCAUGUGAACAAAAAGACCAAUGAUAUAAAGAGAUUCGGACCAUUCCCAGACUUUGUAAAGAUUGUAGAGGUUGGUCCUCGCGAUGGACUACAAAAUGAAAAGCAAAUAGUAUCGACACAUGAUAAAAUAGAGUUGAUCAAUCGAUUGGCAAACACGGGUUUGUCGGUGGUUGAGAGUACUUCUUUUGUGUCGCCAAAGUGGGUGCCUCAGAUGGCCGACUGCAAAGAGGUGAUGGCGGGAAUCAUUGCUGUGCCAGGUGUGUCAUAUCCAUCAUUGACACCCAAUUUACAGGGGUUCCAAGCCGCCCUAAAGGCCGGUGCCAAAGAGGUGUCUGUGUUUGCAGCUGCCUCCGAGACAUUCUCCAAGAGAAACAUCAAUGCUACUAUUGACGAGAGUUUGGCACGUUACAAGGAUGUGUGUCAACAAGCCAAGGACAAUGGUAUUAGAGUACGUGGAUAUGUGUCGACGGUACUGGGGUGUCCCUACGAAGGACGUAUAUCGCUCGACAAGGUGGUCGAAGUGUCCAAGCGACUACACGACUAUGGGUGCUACGAAAUUUCAUUGGGUGAUACUAUUGGCAUUGGUACACCGGGUGCCACUUUUAAAAUGUUGUCUGCCGUGUCACAGGAAAUCCCCAUGUCGGCCAUUGCUGUCCACUUUCACGAUACCUACGGACAAGCACUCGCUAAUAUCCUCACAGCACUACAGUUUGGUGUCAAUGUAGUUGAUAGUUCGGUUGGAGGUUUGGGCGGAUGUCCAUAUGCCAAGGGUGCCAGUGGCAACGUUGCCACCGAGGAUGUCCUCUACAUGAUGAAGGAUUUGGGUAUCGAGACCAAUGUAGAUCUCGAGAAAAUAUUAGAUAUCAGUUGUUGGGUGUCCACCAUUUUACACAAGACUCCAUCAUCCAAGGUGUCACUGGCAUUAUCUCACAAGAGUGAAAAGCCAGUUGCCUUCCAAUCGGCCAUUGCCCAUGACCAAAAUCACAACCCAUCACACGCCACUUCAUCCACUACUACUACUCAUACUUUAACAUCUGAAGAAUGUUUAUCACCAAAAUCAAAGAAUAAUAAUAAUAAUAAUAAUAAUACCACUUCACAAUCCAUCAAACAUUGUAUAUAA